AUGGUUGUCGAGGAGCGGUCCGCGUGUCGAGGAUGUCCGUUUCCGUGCCCGAAGAUCUCCUUACGUCGUGGCGAAGCUGCCCACGAUGUCGCUCUAGAGAUGAGCUGCCGCACCUCACCACAGCUCAGAUUUUCGGAGCCUGUGAAGCUCAUGCGCCUGCGCCAAGUCUCGAUAAGGACCUUCUUCGCAUCUUCGUCGGUCGCUGCAGGCAGAUCGCCAGAUCGGCGAAGAUUGAGGUGGGCAGAUAUUGCAGGUGCUCCAACGGCGGAAGAGAUGCAUUCAACUGCAGGCAAACAUGAGUCAGCCGAGACUGGGCACCAGCUGCAGCUGUGA